AUGGCGAGCAGGACGGACAAAAUCGAAAAAAUCAUUUCGCGCAUGCAAAAGCGCAUCAGCGAGGGCCAAUUUUACGAGGCGCAGCAGCAGACACGGGUGGUGGCUGUCCGCCAUAUUAAAACGGCGAACUGGGCUGCGGCAAUCGACAUCCUAUACAGUGUUGCGCAGUCGCUUCUCAAAGCUGGUCAGGGCGGAAGUGGAGGCGACCUUUCCAUCUUUUUGGUAGAUGUCUACAAGCAGGCGGAGCUCAAACCUGACGCCGCGAACAAGGGCCGACUGCUCACAUGCCUUCGGCUGUUCGACCAAGAAGAGCCGACACGGAGGAAGUACAUCGCUGAGAUUAUAGGAUGGUCUGCGAGAUUCGGGGCAUAUCCAGCUGGAGACCCUGAGCUACACCAUGUUAUCGGCUCUCUCUACGCAGAAGAGCACGAAGCGUACGAAGCAGAGCGUCAUUUAGUCACGGGGACUAAAGAAUCGCCUGAGGUUCUGGCACACAUGGAAUAUGAUUGGUACAAACAAGACGAUGCGCACACGGCCCCGUUGUAUGCAGGUCGGGCUAUUCUGCCGUAUCUCUUGAUGGCCAACGUGCGCGCUGCCAACCACUGUUACCGGACUUUUACUAGUGCUCUGACUGUCGACAAUCCUGCUCUCGCUGUCCAAGACGUCAGCAGCGCCAGUAACGACGCCCGCGUCUUUCCUAGUCUACCCCUGCUCAAUUUUCUUGGCCUUCUCCUUCUUGCUAUCCAGAGAGGCAGCCCAGAGCUCUUCCGGCAGCUAGCUAGUAGGUACUCUAACCAACUACGAGAAGUCGAAUCAUGGAGCGAACCGCUUGAACUGGUAGCCGAAAUGUAUUUCGGAAUCCAACAGCCGCGCCAGAGAAACCCGCUGUUUGACAUGGUGGGAAAUCUGUUUGGUGGUGGUGGCAGUGGCGGAAACCGGCCGUCGAAUAGAACACUGCCCAGUCUCGAUGCGCCUGCUGCAGAAGGACUCGAUUAA